AUGGAGAUAAUUCCAGGUUUACCAGAUGAGAUUGGACGAGAAUGUUUGAUUCGUACCUCAUACGAUCAAUUCUCAACAGUUUCAUCAAUUUCAAGAAAAUGGAAACAAGAAAUCCAAUCCAAGGAAUUUCAUCACCAAAGGAAAACCCAAGGAUUCAAUCAAAGUCUAAUUGUUCUUAUUCAAUCUGAUCCAAUCAGUACUAGUACAACCAAACCUCCUAAAACUCAUACUACGCCAGCUCACCGACUCAGCCUAUACGAACCAGGUAAGAAUGAAUGGCAUAAGUUACCUCCUAUUCCCGGUUAUGAAGAUGGAUUACCUCUGUUCUGUAAAUGUACCGGAGUUGGCCGGAAUUUGGUUGUAAUCGGCGGUUUGGACACAAAAACAUAUCAAGUUUUGAAUUCUGUUUUUAUUUACGAUCUUGUCACUUGUACGUGGCGACGCGGUGCUGAUUUUCCUGGUGGUGAGAGAUCUUUUUUUGCCUGUGCAUCUGAUCAAAAUCGUAUGGUUUUUAUUGCCGGUGGACAUGAUGAUGGGAAGAACGCCUUGAGAUCUGCUCUGGCCUAUGAUGUGCUGGAUGAUAUGUGGAUCCCACUUCCUGAUAUGGCAAAACAGAGAGACGAAUGUAAGGGCUUGUUUCAUGGUGGCAAGUUCCACGUCAUUAGUGGAUACCAAACUGACAUGCAAGGAAAAUUUGAUAAAUCAACUGAGACUUUUGAUGCCGAUACUUGGAAAUGGGAUCCGGUUGAAGAGCAAAAAUUAGAGACAGAAAUGUGUCCGAGAACAUAUGCAUUUGAUCACCAAGGAAAAUUAUACAAAUGCGUGUCGUCGCAUUUGGAGCGUCUCGAUGGUUCGGCAUGGCGGCGGUUGACAGAGCUUCCGAAUGAUGUUUGCAACGGAACGUUUGUUGCGAUGCGGCGGGAGAAGAUGUUGGUAAUUGGCUCUGGCGUCCAGAACGGACCUCAGAGUUGUUACGCUUUAGAGUUCGGGAGAUCAAAAAAUCAAGACGUGUGGACAAAAUUAGAGAUACCUGAGGAAUGUACUGGUUUUGUACAUUACGGAUGUAAUUUAGACAUUUAA